AGAAAAUAUCCUUUUUAUCAUCUCCUUGCCAUGAUGAGAACGCUGGACCUUUAAGUAUAUUUUCUUUACUGUGAAUGUCCAAAGAAACUCGAAAACACUCUCCUUCCCUUAGAUUUUCCUGUGGUUGGAAUGAAAAAUAUCUUUGUCUGAUCCGGAGAUUACGAAGAAAUGUAUUUCUUUAACUCUUCAUCAUGAAUGGUUUAUCUGUUCAGUGAGCUAAUAUAAUUUUGGUGCAAGCUUAUUGGAUCUAUACUUGAAGAGAACAAAGAGGAGAUGAUGAGUUCUUUUUCUCCAACUCAACUUGCAUCUUUAAGAGACAUGGGAAUCUAUGAACCAUUUCAACAACUUGUCUCUUGGGGGAAUGUUUACAAAUCUGAUAUUAAUGAUCAUAGUCCAAACACUGCCUCUUCCUCUGUUAUUCAAGUGGAUGCUAGAAUUGAUGAUCACAACAACAUCGUCAAGUCAAAUUACGCUUCUACUUCCCAUAACCAUAUCGAAGCAGAACCUUCUAGUAAUGAUCAUCAGGAUGUUGAUGAUGAUGAUGAUGACAGGAUUCAUGAUAAGAUGAAACGGCGUUUAGCUCAAAACCGAGAAGCUGCUCGCAAAAGUCGCUUGAGAAGGAAGGCUUAUGUUCAGCAGCUAGAAGAAAGUAGGUUAAAGUUAUCGCAGUUAGAACAAGAACUUGAAAAGGCUAAGCAACAGGGAUUACGUGUAAGCAACUCAAUACCAUCUGGAAGCAUUACUAACGCAAGGAUUGCUACCUUUGAGAUGGAACAUUCACACUGGCUUGAAGAACAAAGCAGGAGAGUAAGCGAGCUACGAAUAGCGCUUCAAGCUCAUAUAAGCGACAUAGAGCUAAGAAUGCUUGUAGAGAGUUGCUUGAACCAUUACGCCAACCUCUUCCGCAUGAAAUCUGAUGCAGCUAAAGCCGAUGUUUUCUACUUGAUAUCGGGCAUGUGGAGAACUUCUACUGAAAGAUUUUUCCAAUGGAUUGGAGGGUUUCGUCCAUCCGAGCUUUUGAACGUUGUGAUGCCGUAUCUUCAGCCAUUAACUGAUCAGCAAGUCUUGGAAGUGAGAAACCUCCAGCAAUCAUCGCAACAAGCAGAGGAGGCUCUUUCUCAAGGGAUCGAGAAGCUUCAACAAAGUUUGGUUGAAAACAUCGUGGUUGAUGCAUUUUCCAUGGAUUACCCUCCUCAAAUGGCUGCAGCGUUAGAGAAUCUUCAAGCAUUAGAAGGUUUUGUUAACCAAGCGGAUCAUCUAAGGCAGCAAACGUUGCAGCAAAUGGCGAAGAUCUUGACGACAAGACAAUCGGCUAGAGGGUUGCUUGCGUUGGGAGAGUAUCUUCAUAGACUUCGUGCUCUUAGCUCUCUUUGGGCAGCUCGUCCAAGAGAACCAACUUAAAAAAAAAACAAUGAAACAGAACCGAAGCUUGGAAUUGAUGUUAUUAAAAGAUGUUUGCUAAGUUUCACCAUAAAACAAUUGUAGUAGUAGUAGUACAGUAAGAGUGAUUUAUCUCCUUCAGAAACUUAUGGUUAUUUGCUUUUAUGAAAGUAUCUAUUUUACA